AAACGUUCCUCAUUUCUUCUUCUUUUGCUAUAAAAACCUGUUUUAGCCUCUUUCUCUCUCCCUCUCUCAAGCCUAGAUUUCUCUCUCUGUACCGACACCACUCCAAGAAUUCUUAUUUUUGGUCACUAAACAAGCAAAAGUAUGAAUCGAGGAGUGAGCAGUGGUGGAGGGCAGAGUUCUUUGAGUUACUUGUUUGGUGGCGGUGACGCCCCAAAACCGGCCCCAAAGGCUACUACACAAGCUGCUCCAUGUGAAGCUCCUCCAGCAGCGAACAAUGUGCCAGCUGCAAAACGCGAUCCUGUUUCUCCCCCGGUAGAUGUUACCAAACAGAUUCCUGCUGGUAUCAAUAGUAAUCCCUCCAACAAUUACUUCAGGGCCGAUGGUCAGAACACCGGCAACUUUAUUACGGGACGACCCUCGACUAAGGUUCACAGUGCACCUGGUGGUGGAUCCUCUCUUGGAUACCUCUUCGGCGAUGGUAGCAAGUGAAAUGUGUGCUCUAGUGAUUUAAGCUCAAUGGUCUCAACUGCUAUUUGAGUUUGUAACCACAAAGAUAAAAUCCAUGUUAUAGAAAUGAUGAGAACUUAGCUUCAUUAUGACAUGUUAUCUAUUUUGUUUAAACCAACUUUCACUUUCAUGAAUCAGCCAGCACCAGGCUAUAUGAGGUGAAUCUGUUCUCUUUUCCUUUUUUUGUUACAAAGUUUGUGGAAAAAUGAUCAGUUGGGUUAAAUUGUCAGUUUUACACCGGAUUAUUGGAUACUUUUAGCGUUUUAUUGUUCA